ACUCAUAUACUUCAGCUGGGAUAAUGAGCUAACGCAUCAUAGAAGCAGCUGUAAGUAAAGAGUAUUAAAAAAAGAAAAGACGUAAGGGUACAUUAAGGAAGGAGCCAAAGGAAAAGAGCCUAGCCAUUGUCCUCACGUAACAAGAGCAAACGAAUUGGAGUUGUUUCAAGAUGAAGCCAAAUGAGAGGAAGGAGGCUUUGUUGGCCGUGAAAGAAAACAUUGAGAUGGACUUGUUCUAUUCUGGGGAAUCCUGUGAGCUUCUCUCACCGCAUGAGCUGAAUGGAGACACCUGCUUUGAGCCGAACCUGGAGCAUCCUUUAGUCUGUAUUUGGCAGGAAGAGCCCACACCAGAGGUCCAUGCUCGGCAAGAUGCACUGCAGAACCCCAAACCCAACACGGUGACUCCUGCUAGGGAAAAUAAAAAUAUGGAACGCCGGGCCCCUACCCCUGUCUUCAUGGAUGACACAGAGAUGGAAAUGCAGGUGAUUCUUCCCCCUAGAAAAUCUGAGGCUAAGCUUGUGGAGCUCAUGACCACGACAUUCGACGCAGCCUCUUUAAACAAAGCGAGCCGAAUGAAAUGGAGGAGCGCUUCUCCAGAGCAGACUGGGCUGGUAGUCAAGGAUAUGAUCUGUUUACAGAGGGGCCACUACAGUGACGAAACUAUGAGAAUCACUGCACCAAAAGUCAAAGACCAAGGAGGUCUUCCGGCCAUUGCAAUGACUGCCAGGAUCAGCAUUGACCGUCAAUGGUCAGCUAAACAGAUGGAGAGUCGUUUAGUGGUGCUUUUCCUCGCACGACAUCCAAUAGAGGCUGGACAAAGGUUUUCCUUUACAUAUUUACAGCAUGUUUUGCAGUGCAUACAGGGGGUUCUGUUCGUCCCAGUCACACCUGCAGAAGGCUGGACCGGAGCACAGGUCCUCAAAAUCUCGGGACAUGGUCCUCUAUAUAUUCUCAGCCCCCAUGACUACUUGCAGAUCAUUUUUCAGGAGACAAAUGUGUCAGGAGGAAGCUCAAGAAAUUUGCCCAGAUGGAGACAAUCUGCAGAAUACAUGGCCCAAGAGUGUUCAAAUCCUUAAACCUACUAAACUCAAACCUCCAACACACAAGGGGCCAAUCCAGUGAUCUUAAAACUGGUGCAAUGUCUGCUGCCCCUCUCAACACCUCAAUAAAAACUUGACAUCAGGAUUCUGUAAGGCGCCACUCACUGAAAUAUCCUGAAUAUUCAGAAAAGAAAACAUUAGCUUGAGGAAACAAACACUCAUUCAUUAAAGGCACCUACUUUGAAUAAAAAUGUGUUCUAAAUUGUACUCAAAGCAUAUUUAAAAAAACUCCGUUACUUAUAGGCUCCUGCUCCUGGAUACUCAUGGACCAUUUCUGUUCUUGAAGAAAUAAUCAUGUCAUUAUGAGACAUGAUGCACGUUUUUUUUUCUAUUUGAAAUGUAAUUUAUGGAUGCUGUCUAGUCCCUGCUAUUGAUGCAAUUAGUACUUCUGAUGUCUUCUGUCAGUGUCUCAAGAUACUAGUUCAUUAAAUGCUGCCAACGGGGAAGCAUCUUUUUCAUGUAAUGCCUACCUAACCCAAAAAUAGGGAAACAAAUGGUUUUAGAUGAGUGGAGAUCAGGAUAAUUUAUUACGAUGAGAAAUUAAGUGGGGGGGAUUUUUUUUUUUUUUUUUGGUCACUUUUAGUUGAAGUGUGACUAACAUGUUUUGUAUUUUACCCAAUGUUUGGAUUUUUAGUAUCCUUGAAGUGUUUUGAAUUAUCUGUUGUGAGAAGUGUAUGAUUAAACUUUUGAGUUGACCAAUAAAGCUCAAUUGCUAUUUUUGUGCAAUAACCCAUUUUA